AUGUUGGCAGCCGGUGGGGGACAUACAAAAGUGAUGGAAUUACUUGUGGGUAAAGGUGCUAAACUGUCACUUGUCGAUAGUUUCGGAUUCAACAUCAUUCACUCAGCCUGUCAUGGAGGAGAUUUAGAGAUGGUGAAGUAUGUCCUCUCACAGACCAUGUUGGACAUUAAUGGUGGAGUACAGUGCGGGAGAACAGCUAUGAUGCUGGCAGCAGAGAACGGACAUAAAGAUGUGGUGGAGUUGCUUGUUGAUACAGGAGCUGACGUGUCACUUGUGGAUGAAACAGGUGACAACAUCCUUCACUGUGCCUGUCGUGGUGGAGAUGUGGAGGUGGUGCAGUAUAUCCUCUCACAGAACAUGGUGGACAUCAACAGUCUAGGACAUGAGAAGAAGACGCCAGUGAUGCUAGCAGGACAGUAUGGACAUAAGGAAGUGGUGGAGGUCCUCGUAAAGCAUGGAGCUAAUCUAUCACUCAGAGACAAAGUCGGUGAUAACAUCCUUCACCUGGCCUGUUUUAAAGGACACGUGGAUGUGGUGAAGUACAUCAUCUCACUGCACAGGGUGUACAUCGACAGUAGAGGAUUUGAAAGAAAGACACCAGUGAUGAAAGCAGGAGAGGGGGGACAUAAAGAAGUGGUUGAGUUUCUCGUGAAUCAUGGCGCUGAUCUGGCUCUCAGAGACAGCGACACUAACAUUAUCCUUCACUUGAUCUCUUACUGGGGGGGAUCUGUGGAUGUCGGGAAAUAUGUUUUAUCACAGCACAAGGUGAACAUUAACCAAAGGGGGUGGCGGAAUAGGCCACCAGUGCUUGUAGCAGGAGAGAAUGGAUAUAAAGAUUUGGUAGAAUUAUUCGUAAAACAUGGAGCUAAACUAUCACUCAAAGAUAGACGCAAAAUGAACAUUCUUCACUGUGCCUCUGAUAAGGGACAUCUGGCGGUGGUAAUGUACAUCGUCUCACUGCACAGUGUGGACAUCGACAGUGAAGGAUUUGAAAACAAGACACCAAUGAUGUUUGCAGGACAAAGUGGACAUAAGGACGUGGUGGAGUUUCUCGUGAAUCAUGGCGCUGAUCUGGCUCACAGAGACAGCGACACUAACAUUAUCCUUCACUUGAUCUCUUACUGGGGGGGAUCUGUGGAUGUCGGGAAAUAUGUUUUAUCACAGCACAAGGUGAACAUUAACCAAAGGGGGUGGCGGAAUAGGCCACCAGUGCUUGUAGCAGGAGAGAAUGGAUAUAAAGAUUUGGUAGAAUUAUUCGUAAAACAUGGAGCUAAACUAUCACUCAAAGAUAGCCACAAAAUGAACAUUCUUCACUGUGCCUCUGAUAAGGGACAUCUGGCGGUGGUAAUGUACAUCGUCUCACUGCACAGUGUGGACAUCGACAGUGAAGGAUUAGAAAACAAGACACCAAUGAUGUUUGCAGGACAAAAUGGACAUAAGGACGUAGUGGAGUUUCUCGUGAAUCAUGGAGCUCAACUGUCACUCGCAGACAGAGAGGGUAACAACAUUCUUCUGUUAGCCGUUUCACAUGUGGAGGUAGUGAAAUAUAUCCUGUCACUGGGUGUUGUGAACAUCGACGCCAAGAACAGAAAGGGAGAGUCAGCAGCCAUGAGAGCGAAAGCCCGGAGGCAACGAGACGUGCUGGACGUUCUUGUGUCACAUGGUGGACACACAUAA